AUGGACGGCGGCGGCGGUAUCGGCGAGCUUGUUCCUACUAAAGAUUCCGACAAUGUUCUUGAGGAAGUCACUUUGGUCAAUGACGUUGACCUCGCCGAUAACUCUUCCAACGGAUUCGUUAUCGACCGCCACCGAAACCGUCUUCUCCUCGCUGUCGGCGAUUUGCUUGGAAAUCGUUAUAGUGCUUUAGUUGCCUAUGAUUUGUCCACGUGGCGUCAUCUCUUCCUCACAGUGCUUAGCAGCCAUAAGAUAACAUACGCAGACGAUGUAGCUGUUGAUACACAAGGGAAUGCUUAUGUAUCUGAUGCAAAAGGAGGUAAAAUAUGGAUUGUUGAUGUUAAUGGAAAGCUUGUGUACACUAUUAGAAGCCCUCUCUUCACUUCACCUGUCACUAUCAUUGACGUUUCUGGUGGCAAUUUGAGGUUUGGUGAUGGGCUUGAGUUCUUGUCUCCAACCAAAAUUUCCAAAUCGAAAACUCAAUAUGGAUUGUUGAGAGAAUUAGGGAUUUCGAUUUGGGAAUUUUGA